AUGACGAGUCGACCCGGCACGAUUAAGAACAGGUGGGCUGCCAUUUGCCGUGUUGCUGAAAAUCGGUCUGUGAACGGCACCGACGUGGGAUUGAUGCAUUUAUUUUCCCAUGGGGGCUCGAUCGAAGCCCCGUCCCGAUUGUACUCGCAGCCAGAUGCAACGCCACGAGUUGUCUUCCUUCCGGUCGAUGUGGGUGAAAUGCCGCUGCUGGUGAGGCCAGAUUUGAUUGGGAACUGUGUGCGACAGCUGUUCUGUAUGCGCGGGGCUGGCGGAGAACCUGGCCCGUUGGGCCUGUUGCCGCCUUCCCUCGGCGCCACCCCGCAGUCGUCGCUGCCGUCGUCGGCGUCCACCAUCGCCGCCAUCCCUGUCGGCGCCGAUGGACAGUCCAUCCAGUGCUCGCUGUGCCUCAAGGUGAUCCAGCGGGUGAGCUUCGCACGGCACAAGCGCAUGCACAAGAUGGCCGAAGGCAGCAUCGCGUCGGUGCACGAGUGCGACGUGUGCAACCGAAAGUUCUACCGGAAAGACAACUACGUGAAGCAUUUGGACUCGAGCGCGCACUUCAAGGCGUUGCGGCAGAAGCGGAGUCUCAUGGAGUUGACACAACAGCAGCAGUUGCAUCAACAGCUCUGCGCGGGACUGCCCGUGUUUCCGAGGUCCUCACCGUCCCCGCCCGCGUUUGCGACGCCCUACCAGCCGCCGUCGUUGGGAGUCGUCAAGCCAGGCUCUGACGACGGCCGUGCGGAGUCGGCCGACGACGCCGACGAAGAUACCAAGGGGAACCGAUCCGCCCCCGCGAGUCCAUGAGUCGUCCCCAUCUCGCGGCGCCUCGCGGACGAGAUUCCGACUGGAGAUCCUAUUUUUUGUUUUCCUGCUUUUCUUUUGAUUCUCCGCGAAGCCAUUGAUUUUUCGUGCGUGUGUUUCUCUCUUUUUUUCUUCUUUUUUCCCUCUGCGAGAGGUAUUUCUGAAAUCUGAACAGUAACCCAGAGACGAUCCUUUUGAGCCUCAUCAGAGAUCGGUGGAAGUACUGUACUUGCUGUCAGUUAAUUAAGUUACUUGCUGUCUUUUGCCCCGUGUCAUGGAAUAUGUAAUCCCAAAUUUUGGGUCGUAGACAUGCUUAAGGAGAAAACUUGAGCGUCAAUUAGAAUCGCUAUCUUGGUUGGUGGCUGCAAUUUCAGCUGAUCAUGUCAGCAUGUUUCAUGAAGUUUCUGGGUAAAGUUUAAAUUGGAAACAAAACAUUUUCAACUUUACCAGCACGGUUUUUCUCUUAAUCUUGUCAUCCUACUUGAAUUUGAUAUUUUCAGAUUUGCAUCCUAAAUUAUCGCUCAAGGUACUGUACUACAGAAUGACAUGGCAUUUAUCGCUGAGGUAUCGUCUCAACUCUCGUAGUGUUGAUCAAGACAUUGAAUGCAAGUUAUUUCUUCCUGCUUUGAUGAUGGCUUUUUGGUCAACUGUGCAAGCAUUCUGAAAAACCCUCGUUUCUGUUCUUGUUUCUGUUUUGUUACUUGAAGAAAUUUUCUUUAGCGUCGGCGUAGCUUACGUUUUUCUUGAACUUGAAUUUGCUGAACUUGACAGGCACCUGAUAGCGGAGAACAGUUUGUAGCCAGUUACCAUGUUAUUGUGUCGUGUGAAGCAUCAGCUCGAAUCCUGGCGAAGUUUGUGCGUAAAUUUUGCGUAGAUGGUCAAUCUAAGCUGUUUUGUGUUUCUGUGAGGUUGACGGGAACAUUUUCGCUUCUCAACGAUUCUAAAAAUUUCCUCUGUAGAUUAUCUUUUUGCAGCGUUCAGGUCAGUUUCGUUCAAUGUUGCUUAAUGUACCAUUUCAGACGCUGGACGUAGCCGUUGAUCCUAUUUUUCUUCAUUGCGUGCCAAAAUGUCUUUUCAAGAAGCUUCCGAAAUUUAAAGUUAUACGAAAAUUUCUGGAUAAUCUAGGAUUGACAUCGUUUCAGUGACGAAAAUAUCGAGUGUAUUAUGUCUCAAGAGGGACGCGCUUCGAACAAAAUAGAAGAGCAGAGAUGAAAAUUUUGGAAAUCCGUCAAGAUCUUAUAGCACUUGUGAAAAAUUAUGAUCGCUGAUGUUUUGAAGUUGUUUUAGAAAUGCGCUUCAUCAAUGAGUCGUGGUCUUCCAAUCCAAAGUAUGUGUUGUUAAGUUUUCAUGUUCUAUUCAGCUGUUACGGAAAUUAAGCGGGAAUAAGCGUUAUAAUGCGUAUUUUUGGUCAGAUUUGUCUUCGAAAUUUCUUUUUCCGUGGAUUCGUUUGAAGGUCAAUGAAAUACGCUGUUCAGCCCAUUUUGUCUGCAAUAUGCUGAGAAACGAAAUGUCUACGUCCGAGUCGAUUUCUAUGAAUUUUUUUUUUCUCCCUGGAAAUUUGUCGAAAAAAAAAUAUAGAACCAGAAUGUGGAAAAUUUUUUACCUCUGCGAUUCGAACCAGUCCGAACGCCAAAUGCACGUGAUGGCACUGUCAGCGAUGUACAGUCUGCGUCGGAAGGGAGCGCGGAAAGCCACCACCUGUACCUGACAGAAUCUCAGAAAUGUCCUGUAACUUGUACGGUUUUCUUACGGCCACGAAUUUUUGAUCGGCCUGUGGUUGAAAGCAUUGCAACGACAGGGUGUUCAUCUGUUUGCAAAGCGCGGAAAUCUGUGUCCCGAACAAUGUGACCUGUUCGGAGCGCGAAAUUCUCGGUCUCUGGCCUCGUCUAUCAUUUUUUUUUCUUUCCUUUUUAAAUGUUUCGAGUUGACACACAUGUGCGUCGUGCGUUGUGAAUUUUGGCUUCUUUUGUUUGUGGUUGCGGUAUUUGUACCAGAUGUCUCGUCUUUUUUUGCUACGUGGAAUGUUGGAUCUUCCGCCCGUUCGCUCGAUUGGCGCUUCCUGUUGCUCUUCGGAACCAAGUUGCUCCUGUGAGGAAAGCGAGCUGUAAUCUCUGUGUUGGAUCUUGACCUCCGUGUAGUCGUCGUUUCCAGUGUUGGAACAAUUGGGUGCGUGCGAGGUUAUUUUUGCGGGUUAGCUUUUCUCGGUGUGAUGGAAGACCGGGGUGGUGACUGCGAAACGGAUGCCGGGAAAGGAAAGUUAUGUAAGAGGGAAAAUUUUGAAGAAUAAUCGUUUGAGCACCAGAGAUUUACUCAAAUGCAGCAGCAGCGCCAUUUUCAAAAUUCAUCUCAGAAACACCGUUACGUUUACGGAAAUAAACAUAUUUUUUGUCCGGUUGAAGCUCAUUGGGAAUGUAAUCUUCCACUUCAUCAGUGCGCUCAUGAAUGGGAAGUUUGAGGUGUGUCGUUAAGAAUCCUGUUAGUUUGCUGCUGAAAGUGGGAGUAUUUUUUGGAGCGCCUUCUGUAUCCCGAUCUGGUUAUAAUAUGACGCGGAAAUAUUUUGGAAUGGCUUUGUUUUUAUGUUUUAUUUUUUUUGCUGAAGCCCCGGUGGGAAAGGGGACCAAAGAGUACCGCCUGGAUCGCGGGUGGCGAAACGAGCGCGUGAUUUUUUUGCCGGCUGGAUUCCGGAAACCGACGGCCAGGAAACGUUCCUCAGUAUCCCCGCUAAGAGCUCUUGUGUGUGUUGAGAUCUCCUCCUCGUCUCCGUCUAGUUCCGCAGGAAGGAAAUCAGGGCAAUUCAAGCUCACAACCUCGAGGGCGUUUUAUCACGGGGCGAUUUUAUAAAAUGCCUUGUGGAAGCAGUGUGGCGAGUAAAGUUGUAAAUCUCUUUUUUUUUUUUUGUGCGCGCGCGACCGAGUCUACCUGGAAAUAUUGCAUCUUGUGUUCAUUGCACCCAGGGAGAAGUCGGGCCGAUCUUUAUUUUAUUUUUUGCUGAAUCUUGGGGG